UAUCAAUAGAUAGACAUUUGGGGUCUUUCUCUGAGAAACUUUUAUAUGAAAGGAAACAGGCAGCUGAGCUGGGGAAUAAGGAAUCAUGGCACAAGGGCUAUAGGGAAAGUAAACAGAAAUGAUUCACCAAAUUGGAAGAAAGUAGUUGUAGACAGAGGUGUAUGGGUCUUUAAAAAACUAGCAUCCUAUUUUUAAUUUAACUAAAAUUUAGAAAAAGGAAACAUAUCUUGGAAGAGAUUACAAAAGAUUAAAAGUAGGGACUGUAACCUAGAUAGAACAGAUGUUUUGUGUGAAAUUUAAUAUCUCUACAUAAGCCAGCAGGAAUCUAUGAAUACAACACACCCAGUUGACAAACAGGGACACCUAACAUGUUUGCUUAGCUGCAGGUAUAUAAGCUCAGCUACACCAAGUUAGCUGUAGCAUUAGAAAACUGGGACCAUUUUAAUAAAUGUGACUUCCUGGCAGAACUUUUGCUUUGAAAAAGCUAAUUCUGAACGAAGUUCACAUGUUUGGUAUUUGGGAACAGUGUUAAUUGGGUGCAGAGAAAAUGGGGCAAAAAGCAUCGCAACAAUUGGCUCUGAAGGACAGCAAAGAGGUCCUCGGCGUCUGUGAGGUGGUCAGUGGAGCUGUAGUCCACGCAGCUCAGAAACUGAAGGAGUAUCUUGGAUUUGAAUAUCCCCUGAGUAAACUCCGCCCAGCCGCAAAUACUCUGAAUGAGAUCUUCUUGAUCCACUUCAUCACUUUCUGCCAAGAAAAGGGAGUGGGUGAGUGGCUUACCACCACCAAGAUGACCAAGAACCAAGCCUUACUGUUUGGAGCAGACUGGAUUUGGACCUUUUGGGGAUCUGAUAAGCAAAUAAAGCUUCAGCUGGCAGUACAGACUCUGCAGAUGUCUUCUUUUCCUCUCGUGGAAUCUAAGCCUUGUGACCUCUCCAAUCCAGAACCAAGGGUGAAGCAGUCUUCCUGGAAGGAAAGUAGAUUUGAUAAGCUGGAAGAAUUCUGUAGCUUGAUAGGAGAGGAUUGUCUGGGCCUGUUUAUCAUCUUUGGUGUGCCGGGAAAGCCUAAAGACAUCAGAGGAGUUGUCCUGGACAGUGUCAAAAGUCAGACGGUGAGCAACCAUCUGCCAGGAGGGAAGGCUGUGGCUCAGUUUGUCCUGGAAACCAAAGAUUCUGUCUCCAUCAGAGAGCUGCUUGGGAACUGUCUGAGUAAGGAAAAUGGGCUGAGAGAGGUGGGCAAGGUUUAUAUUAGCAUCCUCUGAACUGGAUAUGUGUGAUGUGACUGGCCUGUAAGAUGAAAAGAAAUUUUAUUCUAAUAAGCUCAUCUACUUGCAUCAUUCCUCUGUGGGACGUUUUUGUUUUUUUUUUCCAUUUCUUUUUUUCCCUUUGAUUGAAAGU